GGGCUCGAAAGAUCCCGGCUGAGGAUGUACCACCGGUGGGUGUGUCAUUCGAACGACCUUUCGAAACCUGCUCUGAGUGCAGGAGCCAGCGCUUCGAAACUUUGGAGGUCAGCUUCCAAAUUGCCUAGCACGGCUGAGGUGCCAAAAGCCGAGGAAAGCGGCCCCAGGCGGAGUUGAAUGAUAAGACUCGUCAGGUCUGGAGCGCAUCCAGUCGGAGAAUGGAAUCGAGGGGCUUUCGGGAAAGCUGGGAGGGCGCAUGGAGACGCCACACCUUUGCGUCACAGCAUUAUCCCUAAGUCUCCCAGGGCCAGCGCCUUUGGUGUUCGAGACAAGCCAGGCCAAGGCAUAGACACAGACGCGUUGCGAUGCGAUGCCAGACGUAGAUGGAUGAGCCCGAGUCUAGCCUUCAGUCCCUCUCAACGGCCCGUCGCUCCUCGAAAGACAUCAAGCCUCAAGCGAAGGUUGAUACCGAUUUUGCAUUGGUGCUGUGAGCCCUCAUCAGUUCAAGGGACCAUAUCGGUCAGCAGCUGGCUAGAAUGCGCGUGUGCCCGCGUCAAUAUGGGCGGUUCCAGAGAUCCCCUCACGCUGACUGCUGUUGCCUCUGCUUGGCAUCAGCGCCGCGGCGUCACAGCACGCCUGGCGUGACGAGAAAAGAGGCGUACGCGCAGAGUGGCAGUACCUGUUUGCACGCUGUGUGUCCAUCGCUGUCGGGUCUUGAAGCUGGGCUGGAAUGAUGC